CACCACUCCUUACGUGUAAUAUCACUCUCCACACAUUCCCCCUAACACCCACCUCUGCUCUUUGCUUGUUGCUUCUUAUUCACACAUCAAUAUUGGACCAGUUUCAACCACCGCUACUCUCUCUCUCUCUGUGUCACUAUAUGUAUAUAGGAACUGACAUGACUCAUAACUACUGCAGCUGCCGCAGAAGCUGAGAAUCAGAAGAUCAUCGAUCGUCCACCACCCAUUUCUUAUUUUCAAUCUUCCACGAUCAUGAGGGAAAAACCCAUCACCAGCAUGCUUUGCAAGCCUGAUUUCCAGAUUCCAAAGCUUUCCUUGGGGAGGAUUGAUAGGCCUGGAGAUGAGGAUGGUGAUAAUAUUGAUCAGAGGGGUGGUUCCGUACAGGUACAGGUACAGGUGCAGGUGCAGAUGCAGGAUUCUGUGAGGCAGAGGCUGAGGAGGCAUUGGAGUGAGGUGGGUGGGAAGGUUCUGAUACCUGAUAAAUGGGGGAAGGAGGAUCUGCUAAAGGAGUGGAUUGAUUAUUCUUCCUUUGAUGCGUUGUUAGCACCCAAUGGAAUUGGAGUGGCUCGUGAAGCUCUUGUAGCGGCGGGACGAGGAGCCAGCACUCAAGGGUUGAGGAUCUCCAGCAGGUGCUGAAUCUGCUGAUCAUGAUCAUCAUGACUCUUUGUGGAGUGGUGGAGUUUUUCAUGACUUCCUCUUUUUGGUUCCAUUGCCACCCCCUUUCUUUUAAUUACUUGAGUCUAAUUAGACAUAUGAAUUCAAUUUCCUUGCAUGUCUGUGGUUAUGUUGACAAGGUUACUGAAAUUUUAUGUUUUUCUCUCGUUGCUAGCUUUUCUUUGUGUCGGUAGUGUUUGAUGAUUGUAGCAUGGGGGUCUUUCUGGGUUGAUUGAUAGUAUAUAGAUUGGGAUCUUAUCAUCCAAUGGCUCAAGAGGUAGGGUUGCAGAACACUUGGAUUGGGAGUGAGGAAAAUAUGUGAAAGAGCUGAGUAGAAACCCAACCCAGUGGUUCAAAUGAAGGUCUUACUCCAUUAUUACA